UGAGGGCCGGGCACGGAGCCAUCGCCAUGGACCAGCACAGCUGCUCUGGUUUCCUGCCGCCUUUCCCUCACUUCGCCACCCAAGCCAUCCACUACGCUCAGGAGCCCGAGCAGUGGAACUCCAGAGCUGUGGUGCCGCCCAUCACACUCUCCACCAGCUUCAAGCAGGAGGACCCCGAGGUUGAACAGCCUUACGUGUACACCCGCUAUGGGAACCCAAGCCGACACAUCCUGGAGGAGGUCGUGGGCACCCUCGAUGGAGCUGGAGGUCAACGACACCUGAUGGAUUGCUUGGCUUAUUCCUCUGGAGUGGGAGCAAUUCUGAACAUCUGUCACCUCCUGAAGUCAGGAGACAAAAUUGUCUGCACACAGGAUGUCUAUGCAGGCACAAGAGAAAUACUCAAUGAAAUGGAAAAGAAGUAUAAUUUGCAAGUGAAGUAUGUUGACUGCACAAAACCAAAAUGCCUGGAAGCUGCAAUUACACCAGAGACCAAGCUGGUUUGGCUGGAGAGCCCCUCCAACCCCACGAUGAAGGUGCUUGACAUCAGGGCCUGUGCAGAGGCAGUACAUGGAAUCAGAAAAGAUCUGCUGGUGGCAGUGGACAACAGCUUCAUGUCUCCAUAUUUCCAGCGUCCUUUAUCCCUGGGGGCUGAUAUUUCUAUGUCUUCUGGAACCAAAUACAUCAAUGGGCACAGUGAUGUUCUGAUGGGCCUGGUCUCUGUGAACAGCAAAGAACUCUAUGAGAAGCUCAAAUUCCUGCAGAAGUACCUGGGAGCUGUCCCCUCUCCCUUUGACUGUUACAUGUGCAACCGGGGGCUCAAGACUCUGCACAUCCGGAUGAAGCUGCACUUCCAGAACGGCCUGGCCGUGGCCAAGUUCCUGAAAGGUCAUCCCAGGGUGCAGCAGGUCCUGUAUCCAGGGCUGCCUUCCCACCCUCAGUACGAGGUGACACGGAAGCAGUGCACGGGCGUUUCGGGGAUGCUCAGCUUCUACAUCAAAGGGAACGAACAAACUGUCUUUGCCUUCCUCAAGAACUUGAAGGUGUUCACCGUGGGUUUCAGUCUGGGUGGCUUCGAGAGCCUGGCAUCACAUCCGGCCACCAUGAGCCACGCCUCACUGUCUGCCGAGGACAAGGAACGUCUGGGAAUCAGUGACACCCUGAUCCGCCUCUCGGUGGGGCUGGAGGACGAGCAGGAUUUGCUCCAAGACCUGGAUCAGGCCCUGAAGGCUGCGGUGAGUGGGGAGUUCCCCUCCAAAAACAAUCCCCACCCAGCCUUUCCCUCGGGCUGAGCCUGCAGCUCCUCCCACAGGGACCCUGGGCUGUGGAUUUAAAGUUUCUGAUUGCAGCCCUGCUCAGGCACAGCUCCCGUGGGUUCAG